AUGGUGCCGAGUCUGAAGUUCCUUCUGUUCCUCAGCCUGCAUCUCUUGCAGGGGGUGAAAAGCUCCAUGGUCCAUCUGAACAACAAUGGAUACGAGGGAGUGGUCAUUGCAAUUAACCCCAGUGUGCCAGAAGAUGACCGACUCAUCCAAAGCAUAAAGGAAAUGGUAUCUCAAGCCUCUACUUACCUGUUUGAAGCCAGCAAAGGAAGAUUUUAUUUCAGGGAUGUAAGGAUUUUAGUCCCGAUGACCUGGAAGUCAAAACCCGAGUACCUAACGCCAAAACGGGAAUCAUAUGACAAAGCAGACAUCAUAGUUGCUGAACAUUACCUGAAAUAUGGAGAUGAUCCCUACACUCUUCAGUAUGGACAGUGUGGAGACAGAGGACAGUACAUACAUUUUACUCCAAACUUCCUCCUGACUGAUAAUUUGCCUAUGUAUGGACCCCGAGGCAGAGUCUUCGUCCAUGAGUGGGCACACCUCCGAUGGGGAGUAUUUGAUGAGUAUAACACAGACCAGUCCUUCUACAUGUCCAGAAAGAACACUCUUGAAGCCACAAGAUGCUCCACUGGCAUUACUGGGAGAAAUGUGGUCCAUGAGCGUCAGAGAGGCAGCACCGUGAUAAGGCCAUGCCGACGUGACUCAACCACAGGGCUCUAUGAAUCCAAAUGUACAUUUAUCCCAGACAAAUCUCAGACUGCCAGGGACUCCAUAAUGUUCAUGCAAAAUCUCAAUACUGUGGUUGAAUUUUGCACAGAAAAAACCCACAAUACAGAAGCCCCAAACCUACAAAACAAAAUGUGUAAUCGCAGAAGCACAUGGGACGUCAUCAAGGAGUCUUCUGAUUUUCAGAAUGCCUCUCCCACGACAGCAAGAGAAGCACCGCCUCCACCUACGUUUUCAUUGCUCAAGGCCAAGCAGCGGGUAGUCUGCUUGGUGCUGGAUAAAUCUGAAAGCAUGAAAGAAGGAGACCGUCUUAUUCGAAUGAACCAAGCAGCAGAACUUUAUUUAACUCAAAUUGUUGAACAGAAAUCUAGGGUUGGAUUAGUCACAUUUGACUCCACUGCCAUAAUCCAAAACUAUCUAACGGAAAUAACUAAUAGUAAUGACUAUCCAAAGAUCACUGCAAACCUCCCACAGCAAGCUUCGGGUGGGACUUCAAUUUGCAGAGGACUUGAAGCAGGAUUUCAGGCAAUCACUUCCAGUGACCAGAGGACUUCUGGUUCUGAAAUCAUAUUGGUAACAAAUGGUGAAGAUAAACAAAUAAGUUCAUGCUUUGAGGCAGUCAAACACAGUGGUGCCAUCAUCCACACCAUCGCCCUGGGGCCUGAUGCUGCCAGGGAACUGGAGACUCUGUCAACCAUGACAGGUACAACUUCGGACAUAUAUUCCUAAACUGGCAGCUCAUCUGGUUCUUAGGAGCAAACUUCAGUGCAGUUGGAAAGCAAAACCUUGGAUAUUGCAGGGAGAAAACAGAUAAGUGGUACAGUGCCUGUGGAUAGUACCAUUGGAAAUGACACUUUCUUCGUUGUCACCUGGACAGUACAAAAGCCAGAAAUCAUUCUUCAAGAUCCAAAGGGAAAAAAAUACACAACAUCAGAUUUCAAAGAUGAUAAGCUAAAUAUUCGCUCUGCUCAACUUCAAAUACCAGGCAUUGCAGAAACAGGUACUUGGACUUACAGCCUUUCUAAUGAGAAUGCCAGAUCUCAGUUGCUGACGCUGACAGUGACCACUAGAGCAAGAAGUCCUACCGUGUCCCCAGUAAUGGCAACUGCUCACAUGAGUCACAACCCAGCACAGUACCCCAGCCCGCUGAUGGUUUAUGCACGAGUCAGCCAGGGGUUCUUGCCUGUUCUGGGAGCCAGUGUCACAGCUGUUAUAGAAGCUGAAGACGGACAUAGAGUCACACUGGAGCUCUGGGACAACGGGGCAGGUGCUGACACUGUUAAAAAUGAUGGCAUCUAUACAAGAUAUUUCACAGAUUAUCAUGGAAAUGGUAGAUACAGCCUAAAAGUACAUGUCCAGGCAAGAAAAAACACAGCCAGACUAAGUUUAAGACAACAGAACAAGUCUCUGUAUAUACCUGGCUAUAUUGAAGAUGGCAAAAUUAUAAUGAAUCCACCCAGACCCGAAAUCCAAGAUGCAGAAGCUCCAGUGGAAGACUUCAGCAGACUAACCUCUGGAGAGUCCUUUACCGUGUCUGGAGCGCCUCCUGCUGGUGACCAUGCUCAUGUGUUUCCACCCAGUAAAGUCACAGAUCUGGAGGCUGAGUUUAAAGGAGAUCACAUUCACCUGACAUGGACAGCCCCUGGCAAGGUCCUCGACAAAGGAAGAGCACAUAGAUACGUCAUCAGAAUGAGUCGGCAUUCUCAAGAUCUCCAAGAAGAUUUUCACAAUGCUACUUUAGUGAAUACUUCUAGUCUCGUACCUAAAGAGGCUGGGUCAAAAGAAAAAUUUGAAUUCAAACCAGGAUCUUUGAAAAUAGGAAAUAGCUCCAUGUUCUACAUUGCAAUCCAGGCCGUCAAUGAAGUCAGUAUCACUUCAGAGAUCUCCAACAUCGCACAGGCUGUCAAGUUUAUUGCUCCAGAACAAGGUAUCUCUGCACUGGGCCCUAAUAUUGUGAUUUUUAACUAUAUUUACACUAGAAAAUAUACUAGAACUAAAAUCCAAUCUUAUAUAUACUUGCUAAGAGUUUCUUUAGAGUGAGUUUACUAAACCCACUGUCUGCUAGUCAACAAUUGUAAUAUAAAAAUUCAUAAUCGAAGUUGAAAAAUGCCUUGAAUUUACUA